GGUUUCAGUGAUUAUAUCAAAUCCUUAACAUUACAUUGCUUGACUUGAUGAGUUCCCAAUAAGCCAUAUCAGAUCUUGAAGGCAAGACAAAUCUUGAAAUAUGAGCUCUAGAAGAAGUAGAAGAGUGUAGAACUAAAAGAGCAGAUAAACAGUCAACACUGCUUUUGGAUGCAUUCAAUAAAGAUCGGGCAUCUUUGUCCUAACCAUUGCUAAACUCUCCAUCUUUGGCACCACUGCUUCUGCUUGCACCUGAUCCUCAGACUUAGGAAAUGAUAAAUGAGAAGCUGAAGAAAGUUGAGGAUCUUGGUGAGAAGGGGAUGGUGGACAAGGCACAAAAUGCAUUAGAAGAGGCUGAAGCACUUAAGAAGCUCUCUGCCAGACAGGAGCCUGUUCUGAAUUCCUCAAAGUAUACUGCUGCUGAUGUUCACAUUACUGAUCAAAAGCUGCAUGUUUGUGAUAUUUGUGGAGCAUUUUUGAGUGUUUAUGACAGGUACAGUUUUUAUCUCAUACUUCUUGAUAAUAGCAUUUUAUCUUCUUUCUAAAGGCUUCAAAAAAUUAGUGUUUGGGGUUUCAAGUGCUUCAGCUUUUGACCUGGCUAUUCUACCUCCUUGUCACCAGCAGGCUUUUGGGCCCAGUUUUAUGAGGAUAACUUUUGCACCUAUAUAAUGUGCAUCUUUUUCUGUUUUUGUACUUGUAGAUCAUGCAAUUGUUGGAUAAUAAAUAUUUGGGAAACUG